CCGAAAAGAGCACACAAAGACAUUGUCUUUCACAUUUGCUUCAAGCUUUGCAGCCAUGUAGGACAGUCUUUACGUUACGUCAAACAAGGACAAAGAAGUCACAUGUCUAGGGCAUUGAUGGAACUCGUAGUGACACAAUAAUCCUUCCCAAGGAAGAGCAACAUGUCUAUAUUUGGCGGAUUUUCAAGAACCGACUCCUACUGCCGUCGAUCUGACUACCUCUAGAGGAAACAAAAUGCGCGUCGCUGUUCUUGCGACACUGUUGCUCGCAGUACAUGGCCUUUCGACACAGCAUUGCCAUACCACCGUGAAAAGCAACUCAAGGCUAGGAACCGAAGACCCGAUCACUCCAAUAUGGACUCCUGGUAGUCGGUAUGGCUCCGGUCUACCUGGUCCGAUGCCUUCUUCAUCUACAGCAGCUUUCACCGGGUUGCUUUCGGCUUCCCUGGAGAGCGCAUGGCAGUGGCCUAUCCUUUCCAGCUCAUUCGUGACAACAGUCGAUUCGAUGACUUCGAACCCCAUCGCCAGCGUUCCACCGAGUGUACCCACUCAAUCGAGUGUGUCCACACUUGACUGUGGGGAAGCUUCUCUUCGUCCGACACUGACAAUUACAUCAACAUGUUCGAGUACCGCCUUCGAUUCUCCAUCGACUGCAGCUUCCACAAUGCCGAGCUCCAUAUCUCCUUCCUCAAUGUUCAUGUCACAAUAUCCGCCGGCCUACCCUAGCUUGCCCGUCCUUCCUCAUGACCCGACGUCACUCACCUGGAGUUCAGUGUAUUCAUGCACGAGCUCUGCAUUUCCGUCUCCAACUUUCACAUCCAAGGAGCCAAUCAAUAUAUCUUCUUACGAUAGCCUUCUCGGUCUACCCUUGCACCCGAGCUCACAAACGAAGGGUGGGACCGUACCAAGCAUAUCCGGCCCCUCUACGAAAUCGAUCCCUAAGAAGCCGACGUCCACGAUGAAUUUUCUUACGCUCAAGACUUCUCUCACGUCUUGCGAAACAUUGACGCACAAAACUGACCCUGCUGUUAUCACAAGCAUAAUGGUGCCGGACAGGCAUUGUCCGUAUCCUUAUCCGAGAAUAUACUGCGGCGAAACGAAAACGAUGUUGGUAACCAAGACGAAGGACAAGCCGAAGACUAGUGACUCUGGGUGCCCUUAUCCUGGACAUGACAUCCUAUGUUAAGGAUGCGUUUUGUGGCUAACUAAAGAUGCACUAGUUGAUCGCGCACGAGGUUGACGGCUACGCGAACGGUGGUCUUGAUCAUGGUGACUGAGGCAGUUUUGACGGCUGUUACGACGGGUGCGUUGGAGUGAGAUAUUCAGUGACAAGUAUAGAGGAGAGGUUACAGACGUCGUCCUCGAAACAGUUUUCUUAUUCUCCAAUCUCUUCGUA